GAUAUGAAGGAGCGGAAAACUUGGAGCAGGAAAAGCCAAAAGGCCUCGUAGGAGCUGCUUCCGAGGUCCGCGGCGCUCUUUACUGUAAACCCGCACAGCGGCGGCGUCACGCCGCGCAGCUGCCAGGGAGGCUGAGGCCGAGGAGGUGCCAGCUCGGGGAACUUGGGGCUCAGGUUUCAGCCCCUGUGGGAGGUCACCUGACCAUGGUUGUCGACCUCUGCCUGCCACAUUUUCAAACCACUGCUCACUGCAACAAGCUGUGCGCAGAUAGUUACGAUGUUUCCAAUCUACUCUCUGGCGAUCCUGCAGCUCGUCGUAGAGGUUUUAAACUGGAGUACUUCCUGCGUCCCCCGCUACACGUUACCCUGCACUUCCAGACGAGAGUCGAGUUGUGUCGUGUGGAUAUUGAACUUUGGCCCUGUGGUAUGGACCAAGGCAGCAUCACCAGGAGGCUUGAAAUCUUCACUUGCUCUGAUCUCGCCUCCAAGACCUCAGAAUGUGCUCAAGAGACCGGACAGUUUAAGCUUGUGGGACGUUGUGAUUUGAGAGAAGAAAUCCUUGUGUGCUUUAAACAUUCCAGUUUCAGACAUCGAGCUCCCUUUCUUGAGCCCCCACCUGAGCCUACAGCCCAGGUAAAGCAGCAUGAGCUGUGGAGCCGGGGCCUGCAGUCACUUAGAUCAGUAGCCCAGCUUCGUGUCUCUUUACCUUAUGGUGGGGCUGCUUCUGCCCUGGGAAUCAAGUCUUUAGCAGUGUGGGGCAUCCCGGCUCAUUGUUGUCCUCCUUUAGAGCUGGAGAAGUUUCAGAAAGCCCAUUUUAAGAGCUUGAAACCAAAGCCUCCUGCUGUAUCACUGGUCUCACCUGUUACUACCUCUGCCUGUUCUGCUAGGCCAAACCCCACGUCCUCAGAAACCCAUAUUCCAGAAGAGUUCCUGGACCCUUUAACCCAGGAGCUCAUGGUUCUGCCAGUGAUCUUGCCCAGUGGCAUGGUUGUGGACAGUAGCACCUUAGAGGAGUACCAAAAACAGGAAGCCACUUGGGGGCGUUUGCCAAAUGACCCCUUCACUAGUGUUCCUUUUACAAAAGACUCAAAACCGCUUCCUAACCCGCUUCUUAAGAGCCGCAUUGAUAGUCUGAUGCUACAGACUGGAUGCACACGAGUCGGGAGCAGAAACAAUCUACUGAACAAACCCAAACCUUCCAAACUCACAGGUCUAUCACGUACUGAAAGCCCUUCUGGCUCAGCAGAUUUGGUUAGUGUUCAGAGCUCACUAGCUGGACCUAAUGAGACAGAGAUCCAGCAGGUGCAAUCAGCAGGUUCUGACAUCACAGAAAAACUACAUAAGGACACCAUCAGUAGCAAUACAAGCCAUAGUAAAGUAAAUGAAUCCAGGUUCAUUCAAUCUGGAAGUUGUGGAGAAAGACAAAGGUUUAUGGUGAAGUCUGUAACUGAAACCUACAGUACUGGAACAGAGAACCUGAGGCAUUGUACUAAAAGGAAACAUCAGUCAGACCUUUCAGCUAAUACGGACUGGAUGUCUACUUAUUCAUCUCCUUUAUCCAAAAUGCCCAAAACUGAUGCAAGCCUCAUCCUCCCGACAGACUCUAGCCAGUCCUCUCAUGAGCAACGCCUGUCAGACAGUUUAGACCAAGCACUGAGUUCUGCUCUGAAUGGUUUACCAAGAUAUACCUCACAAAGCAAGCCAGAACCAGAGACCACAUCAGGACAGAGCCAGUGCGGGUCAUGCUCUUGUUCUUUGACUGUUUACUCCACAACCCCACCUGCUUACGCGUUGCCCUGCAGUCACCUGCUGUGUCGAUCAUGCCUGCGGCGUGAGCACCUUCCCAGCUCACAGAGACUGCCCAUCACAUGCCCCACAUGUAAAGCAUCUGCCUCACCCAGCACAAUCACACGAGUGCAUCAUUAAACAUAUCUUACUGUUGCCUGUGAA